AUGGCCUUCUCCACCCGCAGCAUCCAGCUGGGCUCCAGCAGCCGCCUGCAAUCCUCGGCAGGGAGUGUCAGCGGCUUCGGCUCCAGGAGCUUGUCCCUGCAGAAGCUCCAGGCUCCCAGUGUCUAUGGGGGUGCUGGGGGCUAUGGCACACGCAUAUCCAGCAGCUCCAGCUACGGCCAGGGCCUGGCUGGGAGCCUCCAGCUCAGCGCCACCAGCAGCGACGUGCUGCUCUCUGGCAACGAGAAGACAACAAUGCAGAACCUCAACGACCGUUUGGCCUCGUACCUGGAGAGGGUUCGCUCCCUGCAGAAGGCAAACGCCCAGAUCGAGCUGCAGAUCAAGGAGUGGUAUGGGAAGAACAGUGUGGGCACAAGGCAGGACUACAGCUCCUACUUCACAACCAUCGAGGAGCUGCGGAGUAAGAUUGCUGAUGCCCAGCUGGAAAAUGCCAGGCUGGUCCUGCAGAUCGACAACGCCAAGCUGGCAGCUGAUGACUUCAGGCUGAAGUUUGAGAACGAACACCUGCUGAGGCAGAGUGUGGACAGUGACACCUCAGGACUCCUCCGUGUUCGUGAUGACCUGACUCUGACCAUAUCCGACCUGGAGUCCGAGAUCGAGACCGUCAACGAGGAAAUCAUGUUCCUCAAGAAGAGCCACGAGGAGGAACGUGACAGGCUGUGCAAAGCAGUGAGCGGCUCCGUGAACGUGGAGCUGGAUGCUGCUCCCAGCGUUGACCUCGCAGGUAUCAUGGAGAAGAUGAGAAAGGAAUACGAAGAACUGGCAGAAAAGUAUCGCCAAGAAGCCAAAGAACAGUUUGAAACACAGAUAUCAGAACUGAACAAGGAGGUUGCCAUCAAUGUUGAACAGCUGCAGGUGCAAAGGAAAGAGAUCACAGACCGGAGACACAUCUUCCAGAGCCUGGAGCUGGAACUGCAGUCUGAGCUGAGCAUGAAGCAGACUCUGGAAGCCUCCGUGGCCGAAACAGAAGCUCGUUACAGCCAGCAGCUGGCCCAGAUCCAGGGAGCAGUGGCCAGGCUGGAGGAUCAGCUGAGGCAGCUCCGAACGUACCGCCGGCUGCUGGACGGGGAGGACAGCGGGCAAUUUCAAUUGGAAGUAGCGAAAGAAGAGACUGAAAAAGAAUCAAGCAAAAGCAGGAAGAUCAAGACAAUAGUUGAGGAGGUGGUUGAUGGCAAGAUUGUCUCCUCUGAGGUCCAAGAGUUUGAAGAGAAGAUCUAA